GGAGCGGCGUCGCAAACCCGCCCCCCGAGCCUGCGUGUCCGGCGGAGCCGCGGGAUGAGCCGGGGGCGGCGAUGAGCGCGGCGGGGCCGGGGGCGGCGGCGCCGCUCUCCCGCAAGCAGCGGCUCAUGGCCGCGCUGGCGGCCGGCGAGGGCGGCGCGGCGGCGGCGGGAGGCCCCGGGGCGCCGCAGCCCCCGGCGCCGCCGCUCUGCUGCUUCAUCUGCGGCGGCGGCAUCAGCCGCGGCAAGGAGCUGAAGCUGCAAGUGCGGCCCCCCCGCGACCACCGGCCCUUCUUCCCCUUCCUGCAGCACCAGGAGCCGGCGCCCGGCGCCCGCGCCGUCUCGGCGGAGGGCUGCGCGCUGGUCUGCGCCGUCUGCCGCUGCUUCCUCGGCGAGCAGUGGGACUCCUUCGAGCGGAGCCGCACGCCCGUGGAGAAGCGCAUGUACUGGCUCAAGCGGCCGCACCAGUGCGAGGCGGCGGCCGGGGGCGCCGGGGGGCUGCGGCGGGGGGCGCCGGGCUGGGACCCGGCCGCCGCGCCGCGCCGCGCCGCCGCGGACGGCGAGGAGGAGGAGGAGGAGGAGGAGGGCGAGGAGGAAGGGCCGGCGGCGGGCUCCGAGCUCUCGGAGCUCUCCGACGCCGAGGCGCUCUCGGAGCCCGAGGGGGCGGGCGGCGCGGCGCGGCCCCCCCCGCCGCCGCCGGGCAAGCGGGGGCCGCCGUGCUGCUCCUCCGAGGACAGCGAGAUCAACAUCACCAGCGAGGAGGAGGAGGAGGAGGAGGAAGGCGAGCGGCCCGCUUGGGCCGCGCCGGCCGCCGGCACCGUCUGCUACAUCUGCGGCAGCGCCCUGUCGCCCGCCUCGCAGCACCGGGUCCACGUGCAGAAGCAGGAGAAGACGUCGCAGGCGCCCUUCUUCCCCUUCCUCUGGCUGCACAGCCCCCCGGCGGGCGCCCAGCCCCUGUCGCCCACCGGCAGCACCCUCGUGUGCCCCUGCUGCUUCGCCUCCCUCAUGCAGCAGUGGCAGAGCUUCGAGCUGGCCGACGUGCCCGUGCUCCAGCGGCUCUACGUGGUGCCCCUCAACGCCGGCGCCGCGGGCGUGGCCCCCAAGGGCAGGCGAGGGCUCAAGGAGGAUGCGGCGGGCCCUGCCCCGGCGCCCGAGGCCUGCUACCUCUGCGGGGAGGAGUGCGGCAAAGAGGCGAGGCUGGUGGCCGCCAAGAUCACCAACGGGAACGCCAAGAGCACCAUGCACUUCCCCUUCCUCAGCCUCCUGCCGUGCCCGCCCAGCGCCAAGGGGCUCAGCAAGCACUGGGAGGUGAGCAGCUGCCGAAAGUGCUACGGGGUCCUGCGGGACCUCUGGGCCAUGUACAGGGCCUGCCACAACGAGGAGCUCAUCACCUCCGUGCAGAGCUUCCUGGGAAGGUACCACCAGGUCUUCUCCGCCGGCGACCCCGGCGGCCUGCCCGGGCGCCCCGCCGUCCAGCCCGGCCCCACCUCGGUCUGCUACAUCUGCGGGGCCGAGCUGGGGGCCGGCAGGGAGUUCCAGCUCAGCGUCAACCCGCCGGGGCGCUUCGGCGAGAAGGAGCCCUUUUUCCCCUUCCUCACGGUCUACCCGCCCGCCCCGCGGGCCAGGCCGGCGGACUCCACGGGGCUCGUGGCCACCUGCGUGCUCUGCUACCACGACCUGCUCGGGCAGUGGCUGCAGCACGAGGGCAGGAAUUCCCACCACCCCAGCAGCGCCUGGUCCCGGCAGUACAAGGUGGAGACGUUCGUCUGCUUCUUCUGCCGCCAGGAGAAGAAGCGAUGCCUUGGAUUAAAAGCGGUGCAGGUUGCCAGGCUCCCCGUGUUCCUCUACACGCUCCGCGUGGCCAACAGCCUGCUGGUGGACGACGGGAAGCAGCUGACCAUCGGCGCGUGUGCCGAGUGCGGAGCCGUGGUCCUGGCCGGCAAGACCAUGACGCCCCCAGAGCUGCUGGCUGCGACGCCCCCGGCUCUUCUCCCCAAGGCCUCGCCCGCGUCCCUCGAGACCCCUGCCGCCAAGCCUGCCGCCGGCGAGCCCCGGCCUCGGGCGGCCAGCGCCAGGCAGAGCCCCGGCGCGGGCACCGGCGCCGCCCCGGACCCCGACCGCGGCCAGCGGACGGCUUCGGAUGCGGAGGGCGCCGACACCGGAGCUACAAGCAUGAGCCAUGAGUCAAAGUCACCUUCCCUAGGAAUGCUCUCCACCGCCACCCGCACCACCGCCACCGUCAGCCCCCUCACCCCCGCGCCGCUCAACGGCUCCCUCGUCCCCAAUGGCAGCCCCGCCGCCAACAGCACUUUGUCCGUCCAGGCCGCACCUUCCUCCAGCUUCGCCGCCGCCCUCCGCAAGCUCGCCAAGCAGGCCGAGGAGCCCCGAGGGUCGUCGAUAAGCAGCGAGUCGUCGCCGGUCUCCUCGCCGGCCACCAACCACAGCUCGCCGGCCAGCACGCCCAAGCGCGGCCCCAUGGGCCCCAUCCUGGUGCCGCCGGCGGGGCACAGCGUGCCCAGCACGCCGCCCGUCGUCACCAUCGCCCCCACCAAGACCGUCAACGGCGUCUGGCGGAGCGAGGGCCGGCAGCAGGACGCCGGCUCGAGAGGCGGCAGCGGCAGCCGUGAGCGGCUCAUCUCGGAGCCGCCGCUGCCGCAGGAGAAGGCCGGGGGCCCCGCGGUGCCCGCGCACCUCCUGGGCACGCCGUACUCCUUCGGGCUGCCCCCCAGCUCCGUGGUGCCGGACUCCCGCUUCCCGCCGCUCAACCUGCAGCGGCCCGUGCACCACGUGGUGCCUCCCAGCGCCGUCGCCGAGGACUACCUGCGCAGCUUCCGGCCCUACCACACGGCCGAGGACCUCCGCAUGUCCUCGCUGCCCCCCCUCAGCCUGGAUCCGGCCACGGCCGCCGCCUACUACCACCCCAGCUACCUGGCGCAUCACCCCUUCCCGCACCCGGCCUUCAGGAUGGACGACUCGUACUGCCUUUCGGCGCUGCGGUCCCCCUUCUACCCGCUGCCGACGCCGGGCUCGCUGCCGCCGCUGCACCCCUCGGCCAUGCACCUGCACCUCUCGGGCGUGCGGUACCCGGCCGAGCUCUCGCACUCCUCGCUGUCGGCCCUGCAGUCGGAGCGCAUGUCCAGCCUGACCGCCGAGAGGCUGCAGAUGGACGAGGAGCUGCGGCAGAGGGAGCGGGAGCGCGAGCGGGAGCGGGAGAAGGAGCGCGAGCGGGAAGCCGACCGGGAGCGGGAGAAGGAGCGCGAGCGGGAGCGCGAGAAGGAGCUGGAGCGGGAGCGGGAGAAGGAGCGGGAGCUGGAGCGGCAGAGGGAGCGCGCCCGGGAGAAGGAGCUGAGCAUGGUGAAGGCCUUGGAGGGCCCCUUCCUGCCCGUGGCCGAGCUGCACGGGCUGCGCAGCCACCAGCCCGAGGAGCGGGGCAAGCCGUCGGAGCCGCUGGCGCCCGGCAGACCAGAGAAACUCAAGGACUCGGUGCUGCCGACGCCGAAGCCGCUGCAGCACCCGCUGCACCCGCCGCCGGGCUCCCACCACGCCGUGCCCAGCCUCAUCUCCAACCACAACGUGUUCCCGCUGCCGGGCAGCAGCGCGGCCACGGCGCUGCUCAUCCACCGCACCAACGAGGAGGAGAAGUGGCUGGCCCGGCAGCGCCGGCUGCGCCAGGAGAAGGAGGACCGCCAGUCCCAGGUGUCCGAGUUUCGGCAGCAGGUGCUGGAGCAGCACCUCGACAUGGGGCGCGUCCCGAGCCAGCCGGAGCCGGAGCACCGCCUGGAAAACCCCAGGUCGGGCCCGAGCCGCCACGAGGCGGGCGCCCGCGAGGCGACGCAGCACUUCGGCGGGCCGCCGCCGCUCAUCUCGCCCAAGCCGCCGCACCACCCCGCGACGGCGGCGGCGCUCUGGAACCCCGCGGCGCUGCUGGAGAGCGGCCCCGAGCCCCGGCGGCUGCCCGAGCCCCACGCGCUGCACGGCCCCCCGGCGCCCUUCGAGCCCCCCCGGCAGGGCAUCCCGCUGGUGAAGGUGGAGCGGGUCUUCUGCGCCGACAAGCUGGAGGACGGGCCGCGGAAGCGGGACGCGCCGGCGCGGGAGCCCGGCGCCGCCGAGCACCCCGCCUUCGCCCACGGGCCCUUCCUGGCCGAGCUGGAGAAGUCGGCGCAGAGCAUCCUGAGCCAGCCGAGAGCCCCCCUGGCCCCCGCGCCGCCCUUCGAGGGCGCCAAGCCCAGCUCGCCCUACCGGCCCCCGCCGCCCCGCGCCCCCGACCCCAUGUACGUCUACGACGAGUUCGUGCAGCAGCAUCGCCGGCUGGUCAGCAAGCUGGACCUGGAGGAGCGGCGGCGGCGGGAGGCCCGCGAGAAAGGUUACUACUACGACCUGGACGACUCGUGCGACGACAGCGACGAGGAGGAGGUGAGGGCUCACCUGCGCUGCGUGGCCGAGCAGCCCCCGCUGAAGCUGGACACGUCCUCCGAGAAGCUGGAGUUCCUCCAGCUCUUCGGCCUCACCACGCAGCAGCAGAAGGAGGAACUGCUGAGCCAGAAGCGGCGGAAGCGGCGGCGGAUGCUGCGGGAGCGGAGCCCCUCGCCGCCCACGGUGCAGAGCAAGCGCCGCACGCCCUCCCCGCGCCUCCCGCUCUCCACCCGCUACAGCCCCGACGAGAUGAACAACAGCCCCAACUUCGAGGAGAAGAAGCGCUUCCUCACCAUCUUCAACCUGACGCACAUCAGCGCCGAGAAGCGGAAAGCUUCCCACGCCGCAGAUAAAGAGAAGCUGGUGGAGAUGCUGCAGGCCAUGAAGCAGAAGACGAUGCCGGCCGCCGCGGCGGUGAAGAGCUCCCCGCGGGACAGCCCCGGCGUCCCCGGCACCGAGCCGUCGGUGCAGCUGCUCCUGGGGGACUCGGACAAACCCCUGGGGAUCACCUUGCCGGAGACGCCGAGGACGGCGGAGCCCGGCCGGUUGGACCAGCUGAGAGCCCAGGAGCUGCCGCGGGCCAAAGAGGCGGCGGAGAAGCCGCGGCUGAGCGAGGGGCACGCGGGGAAGAAGGCGCUGAGCAUCCUCAGCUACGUGCGGGGCCCGCUGCCCAAGGACAUCCCGGUGCCGCUGUCGCACAGCAUCAACGGCAAGAGCAAGCCCUGGGAGCCCUUCAUGGCCGAGGAGUUCGCCCACCAGUUCCACGAGUCGGUGCUGCAGUCCACCCAGAAAGCCCUGCAGAAGCACAAAGGGGGAGCCGCCUCGCUGACGGCCGAGCAGAACCACAAGCUCGACGCCUCCAUCCACUACAACCUGCCUGAGCUGCAGGCGCCCGGCCGCCCCCCGGGACCCCCCCACAACGGGCAGCCCGAGGGGCCGCCGCGGGCGCUUGUCCCCCUCGAGCGCCGCCACGACUCGGCCUCCGACGACGACGAGGUUGACGAGGAGGCGGAGGAAGAGGAGGAGGAGGACGACGACUACCCCCGGCCCAAAUGGCAAGGGAUCGAGGCAAUCUUUGAAGCUUACCAGGAGCAUCUAGAAGAACAAAACCUGGAGCGCCAAGUGCUGCAGACCCAGUGCCGGCGGCUGGAGGCCCAGCACUACAGCCUGAGCCUGACGGCGGAGCAGCUUUCGCACAGCAUGGCGGAGCUGCGGAGCCAGAAGCAGAAGAUGGUGUCGGAGCGGGAGCGCCUGCAAGCCGAGCUAGAUCACCUGCGGAAGUGCCUUGCGUUGCCUGCAAUGCAGUGGUCUAGGGGUUACUUCAAGGGGUAUCCCAGGUGACGCUCCUUGCGCUAGGCCCACCCUAUAGUCUAGAAAUAAUAAUCUAUUUUAUUACCUUGAAUAUUUAAUAUUUUUCACUGGGAGGUUUGAAGCUAAAAAAAAAAAACUUAAAAAAAAAAAUAAAAAACAGACAAACAAACAAACGGAGAAUGUGCCAUGCAUGAAGCAAAGGACGCCGGGAGCCGGGAGCGGAGCCGAGCGGAGGAGCAGCCCCGGCGCCGUCCCGGCCCUGCGCCCGCGCCCUCGCCACGGGAGCCAGCAGGGCCUUCCUCCCUCUCCCCACCCACACUUUAUAGAGCGCAGUUCUUUUUUUUUUUUUUCUCCUUUUUUUUUUAAUUGCGAUAAACGACUCCACCGACAACACUAAGGCCGGAGGGGCCCCGGGGGGCUGCGGCGGCCGGGGAGCCCGCGACGGCCGCUCGCGAGCCGGGGCCCGCGCCCCGGGGCUUUCCACGGGAAAUGCACUUCGCUAUAAAACAAUAAAGUAAAUAAACGAAUCAAAGGUACCUUUUUUAUUCCUGUUUGGAGGGGAAGGGGGGGGAGCGGAGAGUGUACAGAGCUACAAGACACACACAUUUAUAUCCCCUAUAGCGCUAGCUAUACCCACAUGCACGCACGCAAGCACCAUGUACCUGGUGAGUUUAGAAUUUUUUUUCAUACUGAAUCAAAAGGGUGUUUUUUUUUGUUUGUUUUUUUUUUUUGCAAUUUACGAGUCAAACAAAAAAAAAGAGGUGCUUCAGCCUUGUACUGUGUAUAUAUAUUAAAAAAAAGAAGUUUUGUAUGUUUUUAUUACUUUAAUUAUUGUUAUAAAAAGCUUGCCUUUUUUUUUUUUUUUUUUUUUUAAUGUUUCUGCUUUUGUUUCUUCCCUCCCCUCCCUCCCCACCCCCCCCAUUCCUCCCUUUUUUUUUGGGGCAAAAAAAAAAAAAAAUUUUAACUUGCUUUUAGUGUUUGUACUGCUGCUGCUGGUCAGGACAGAAAAAAGAUAUUGAAGUGUUUUAAAAGACUUUAAAAAAAAGAAAAGAAAAAAAGCAAACUCCAUCCUUUUCUGCUGGGACCCAUGCUGUCGCAUCCGGACUGUCUUUCUCUUGCUCUUCUACCAGGGUAGCGCCAGGUACUGGUACAGCCAGGGCUGAUUCCCCCUCCGCCCUCUCCCAUGCGGGGAUUUUUAGUUGCUUUUCUCCCCUUUCCCCCUUUGUGGGGUUUUCUGGGCCCUUCAAGCACUUGGGAAGCCGCUGCAGACCCCAACGCCAGACAAUCAGCCCGCGGCGCCCAGCAGCACCCCGGCCCGGGGCUAAUCCUGCUGAGUGCCCAGUCCCAGCUCAGCACGGCUCCAGCCUGGUCAAAUCUGGAUUGUUUUUAAUUUUUAUUUUUCUUUAUUUUUUUUCCCCCAAACCGAGCCAGGCUGCAGGGCCAUGUGAUGCAUUUCCGCGGCUCCUUGGAGGCAACACCGAGGCCAAUUGUAAUUACGGGGCCAAAAGUGCCCGGCUAACCUGGCCGGCCUCAGGACCUCAGUUUGCCCAGCCCAGGGGCGAUGCCACGCUUCAGAAUAAAAUAAAAUAAACUAUGCCCAGCAACAGCCCCAGUGCGCUGGCAGCAGCCGGGGGCCGGUGCUGCGACGGCAGAAUCGAAUUUAGCAUCUGCGGCUCCGGCUGUCAAUGGUACAUGACUGACAGCAGGGAAAGCGGGCGCAGUUGUUAGUAAAUUAGGCAGCUCUGCCUCAAAACACAGCCGGCAGGAGCCGCGCGGUGCCAUUUUUAGUCACUUUGCUAAUCGGUGCAUGCUUGAACUCCCAGGGGAGGUUUGUUUUUUUUUUUUUAAAAAAAAAUUAUUUAUUUUUUUUAUUUGCCAUGAGACAAGCUCGCGUCUACAGGAAAAGGUGACCUCUGCUUUCUGCUUUAAAUUCCCUUGUUGCACUUGCAAAGAAAGCAUUAGAAACCCCCUGGCCUCCCAUUGGCUUUACCAAAAAAGCUGUGCAAGAUUAAAAAGCAAAAUGCCCUUGUGACAGAAAUUAGUUUAAUCUUUUUUAAAUCCCAAUUGCAGAGCCAGCCUCUGGCCUAGUAGCUGCCAACUCAAGACUUCACAAUGAAUUUUAACACAGAAAAACAGACUUUAUGCUUGACUCGCUUUUUUCCCUUCCCGGGUGCUGGGGGAGCGGGGAGGCUGGGGAUGGGAAAGCGGUGGCGAAUGCCCCCUCGUCGCCACGGCGGCUGGCUCCGUAGCAAUUCCCAUACCGGGGCUGUUGAGGCAAUUCCUCCCCCCCCAACCCCCCCUCAGCAGCCCCUAAUCAAGUUUUUGACCCAGUGCUUAUGGUUUCUCAGAAGUACUCCCCCUCCCCGGGCCGUGCUGACUGGUUGUGUUUAUUUGUAUGUACCUGUGCAGGAUUGCUAGAGCAGUUCAAGCCAAGCACGGGAAGGCCAGGAGGAGGGGGCAGGAAAGCCAGGGCCUGCUGGGGGGCAGUUUAGAUGCUGUGAAAGAAAACAAAACAAAAAAAAAAGAAAAAAGGAAAAAAAAUGAACCUAAACCUGUUCUAAGUGUACUUGUUUGAAUUAAUUGUAAUGUAAUAUAUUAUUUGUUGAAUGUAGUAAUUAGGUAUUUAUGAAUAUAUUGCUGUAAUUUCUGAAAACAUCCAAAAAAAUAAAAUCUUCCUAAAUCAUGGCAAA